CGCGUUUGAAGUGUUGAACAGGAUAUUAUGCGAGGGUGAAGCGCCAAACACAGGCAGACUCUUCUGACCUUGUUGGCUCAAGAGUUUCGUGAAAGUUUCUAAAACAGUGUUAGGAUUUCAUUUUUGGCUCAAGGAGUACCCAGUGUUGGACAUUGCACCACAAUAUAUAAUGUGUCUGUUCGAAAAGUAAUUUAUUAAAGUAAACAUUGAUUAAACGUAAUUCUUAAUCAACGAGUUUUCCAUUUACAUGGUCCUGAAAAGAAAAUUAAGAGCUCUUGUAAAUGUGUAUGAUUAAAAAAAACAACAAAAAAAAAAAAAAACAAUUCUAAAAGCUUUAAAAAAGUAAUCGGUAUGAAAGUCCAAAACUUUAUUUGUGUUUAAGUGGCUCAUUAUCAUCCAAUGGUGAACAAGUGGGUUAAAUUACACUUUUGUCAUCUUCAUUAACAACCAUCAUUCCAAGACAUUUUGUCAGGCUUUAAUGUGGUAUCCAUGGCAACUUCUAGGCAUUUAAAACCUCGUAAUGGACAAGGUGCUGGAAUAAUGAAGCACAACGCUCACGAGGAAGCAGCUGCAACGCAAAGAAAUCAAUUCCUUUCUGAGAAAACUAUUACGGCAAAGAUGUGGUCUGCUGAAGAUGACCUACAAACCAGAGGGYUGAUCAAAAAGAAAAGAAAAAAAAUCCCCCGGUUUUUAGUUUAAAGUGAAAGAGAGAGAAGGUUCCAGUAGCUGAUCAGAGUCUCAUUUCAUGCCAGAAAUUGUAGUAAUAUUAUGUAAUUAUGAUGUUAACUAGAACAUCUCGCUCUCGUUCAUGGAACAAUGAAUUAAGGACUUCACUAAAGUAAAAAAAAACAACAUAGCGUUUGCCUGUGAGAUUAAGCUUAUUGUCAUGAUUUCCCAGUGUUUGUUUGACAAAUAUCUUCCAUCUUGGUUUUCUCAGUAGUGAAAAGUKAUUCUAAGCAGGAAUAGUUGAAAAAGUCAAUAGAGGUCCAUGAUGGCGUUGGAUUAUUAUUUUUUUGUCAAAAGCAGCCUCAAGUGACCAAUUCAUGCAAAAUAUGAUGUUUUGUAUAUUGUUGCAUGCAGAGUAGUCGACUAAAAUUUACGCUGACCRACCUUUGACCCUUUGGUACCAACGCGUUACCUUUUUUAUCCCCUUCUAAAUCUAUUUUGUACCUGUAAACAAACCAUUUCUUUCUGAGUUUUUAGCUGUACUUAAAUACUAUAAUGAGUUAUGAAAUAUGUGGACAUUAAAAGUAAUGAGACUAUUCUAAUGUUAUCAACAUUUAACUGAGAUUGAGAUCCACAUUUGGUCCCGUUGAUUCUAUAAAAUAAGACAGAUUAUGACCCCUGACAGCAGAGCUAUACGAUACACUGCAAAAACACAAAAUCUAGUUAGUUUCUUGUGCAAAUAUCUCCAUGCRCUUGAAAUAAAACAACUUCCAAGUCACUUUUCAACAAAAUAUAGGAGUUUGUUUUAAGUCAAUAGCUUCCUACUAUUGAUAAAAACAAUUCUGUUUUGUUGACAGAUUAUUUCACCUGUAAAAUGGGAGAAAUAUCUUGUUAUAAGUGAAAUAAUCUGCCAGUGAAUCAAGUCAUUAUCAGCUCCACUAUUUUGGCUUCAGGAAACUAAGACCUGAGAAGAGAUGACCUGAUGUAAAAACCUUUAAUUUGAAUAACCUGCAGAGCAUUAAGCUGACAUUUUAACAGGAACUUACUUUAAAUGUCUACAUUUAUUGUUUUGGCUGUUCUUUCUUGAAUGACUGCCUCCAAUAUGCCAGCUUCUUCUUUUGUGUCCAAUGAAAAAAAUACACAAUAUUUCACUCACAAGAGUCAAAUGUUGAUGAAAUUUAAACAAUAUUUUAGGUAAAGUCAAGAAUCUUCAUUUCUUUUUUUUGUUUGUUUUCACUCAGAUUUCACAAACUCAAACUGCACAAGAAUCACUGUAGAAUAAAUAAUUUCAUGUUGGACUGCUACAUGUAUUUUUCAUUACUGCGUCAGUCUAAUGUAGUCUUGCCAAUUUGUGUGAUUACUGAAAUCAAACAGUCCGUAUCACUUUACAUGUUGGCCAUGUUUCCUUGACUGUGCACAACACUGUUGAUGCUCGCACCCUACUGACUGGAAAUCACAAUAAGUAACUGUAAACUUGAUUAGACCACGCAGUAUAUUUAUUUAUAGAUUUUUCUAGCACCUAUGCCACCCUUAACACCCUGCGGCGGUGGGUUUACCACUCUGUAGAUUGGUGUUGGGAUGGGGUUUUUUUCUCCACCGUUUUGUGUCCUUUUUUUGGCCUCUUAGACAGACAUGCCACUGGUUCUGAAAGCUCACUUUCAAGCCUCUAUAAGUCAAUUACAUCCCGACGCUUUGACGUUGUUCAAGGCUAUAGAGCCUGUGGUUUAUUCAGACAGCCGACUGCGCAGCAUCAAUUCCUGCGGGACGCGAAACCUUAUUCGUCACGUUUUCACGCGUCGCUGAACUUGAGUGCCACUGCAUUUCGCAGUCUGACAAACCGGAAAGGCCGCCCGCGAACACACAGCGCGCGCUCUCAGGUCUGCGUCAGAGAGCCGUGAGAGGUUAAAAGAAAAAAAAAAAAAAACAUCCCCUCAAGUUGAGAAGUUGACAAAAAAAAAAAAAAAAAGAAAACCCCCACAGUGAAUCGGUGGUAUAUUUCUCUUCGCAGGUCAGUGUUUCACGCCAACCUGCUCUUGUUUUCUCUAUAAGUGCGGCUUCCAGUUUCUAAAAGCCCUACUUUGUCUUGUUUUAUCUGGGAGACAAACACUAAACACGAGCUUAUCUCCUCUCACAAACAKCUCAUCAGCACUUUUGGUGAGUCCCGCAGGACACAAUAAACAAACAGAGGAAGAGUCUUCCAGCAACACCAGAUAAACGCCCUCACGCUCCUGCGUCAGUCAGUCCGUGCGCCGUGCAAUAAUCACGUAGCGGGUUAACGGGCCUGACGAUGACGAUGUGGCGUCAUUCUGGCUAAAUUAGAGCGUACCACGGGAGUAUUUGAUUCCUCCCAAGGACGGUUCCCCACUUAGUGCAUAAAGACUUGGUUCAUCAGGGAGAUGAGACAUGGCGACGGGGACAAGGAUCCACUUAUUCACGUCUGACAUCCCGUGAAUGUCUCGCCGUCAGAGAGACGCUCGUUCCAGUCAGUGUGCUUUUGAAACGGAGUCGAGGCGACACGAAAAUGAUUCCAAACUGGAGAGAGGAUGAAAGGAGGAACGGCGUCACAAAAGGAGACUGAAAUAGAGAGGGGUCGGGGAGGUGGAAAACGGCACCAGAACUCGAUGAUGAUAAUAACAUGGUUUGCAGACUCGCGCUGUCAUUAACGUCUCACAUUUUGUCACUUCGCCACGUUAAAACUUCAGCGAGUUUCAUAAGGAUUCAAAGCCGCAGAUCGAAACAGAAACAGAAGAUAGUAUGUGAUAGUCAACACGCAGCUUUAAAGAAGUUUUGCAAAUGAAAUAGAAAAUUCCAGGUGGAAUUUUAAUAAAAGCUGAAGUAAAGUCAGAUUUACGACACCUUAAAUUGUUACAAUAAAUCUUUGAAGGAUCUUGACUUAAUAUGAGUUUCUGCAACAUUUCAUUUCCCUUUGGAAUUAAUAAAGUAUUAUUGAAUUGAACUGAAUUUUAAGAAAAGCAAUCAGUGAAUAAUAAAUUUCAAGAAUUUUUUUUCUGGACUUUGACUAGGCCAUUAUAACACAUAAAAUCUAAACCAUUUCAUUGUUGCUUUAGCUGUCUUAAGCCUUUAUUUAGCCUCAUCCAUCUUUGCCUCCAUUCUAACCAGCUUCCCUCACUCAGCAUGAUGCUGCCACCACCAUGUUUCACUGCAGAGGUUUGUUACUUCUUUUUGAGAAUAGAUUAAAAAGAAAACUUGUGUUCUCUACUAAGGAUUGCAAAGACACCACCUGCAAAAGAGAUUUUAAAUUUAACUGAGUCUUUUCUGGUAAAAUAAAGUGUAAAAGCAAACUGCUUCCGAAGCCUUCAGAGAACUUCAAACUGAGAUAAAAACACACUGAAGUUGACUGCUAAUUAGACUCUGAAGGCAUUUAGUUGUAUUUGGAGAUCAGAAUAAAGAGGAGUGAAUACCAAAACCUUUUUGAAAUGUUCCUUCUUCCACUUGGAUUUGAUUUGUCUCAUCAAUUCCUUGGGUUUGCGGCUGCACCGUGACAAAACAUGGACAAGUUUAAGAACGUUUUUGCGCAGCACUGUUUGCUGAGACGCUUGGGAUAUAAAAGAGAUUUAAAUUCGUAGCAACAAGAGGGAAUUCUGUGUUUAUGGGAGUUUGCAAAUCUUUGCUAAUUAAAACGAUGAGCCUGUUGCUUUGUUUUGAGGGGAAGAUUUCCUCCAGAGCAGGGAAAAACAAAACAAGAAAAGCCCUGUCACGUAACGGCGGGUAAGUGGAGAACAAGUGACGGAACAAGGCAGAGAGGCUGAAUCCUUCAAGCUAUUUUCAUCUGCUUUGAACAGGCAAUACUCGCGCCCAUUUAUCCCGCUCAGAUAACAGCUCUCAGCCGAUACUCGGCACUCAAGUUAGCAGAAAAUUGUCUUCAUUGAGAAAGGGAUCAGUUGGCCUCACUGAGUGUUCUGUUUUAUUUUCUUCUCAUUGUGUUUCCCAUCUUUUUCCACUCCUGCGUUUCACCAUUUUCCUGGCUUUUGUUUUUUUUGUGUGUUAUUUUUGUCAAUCUCCCCCGUUGCUCCUCUCAGAGUUCCUAAUCCUCCUUGCACUUUCUCAACAAUUUCGACAACUAAGCUCCUUUUCUUCUGCUUGUAUCUUUUUCUGCGCCCUUCCUCCCUCUCUGGCUCCUCUUAUCUCUCAGUCUCCUCUGUCAUGUCCGUAUCUAUGAGGAACCCACCUCAACGCCGGCGCUCCCUGGGUCCCGUCUCACCCAAGCGAAUCUACAGGAACCUCUCUGUCAGACUGAGGGGAGGAGAGUCAACCGUCGCCGCCGAGGUGGAUGCACCCAAACACACCACCAGGCCUGCAGAAGCUUACAAGACCCUGUGGGAGGCGGUGGAAAACGAGGACACUUUGGCUGUGCAGAGCCUCUUGUCCAAAGAUCAUGCCAGCUGCGGAGGAGGAGGGUCGAGCUUGUGGGAGCGAGGGGAGAAGAAGGAGAAGGACUGGGAGAGAGAUAAAGAAAAAGGGGUGAACCGACUGAGCGAGCAGGGAUUGGUUCCUCUGGAUGUGGCGGCGCUUACCCGCAACUCCCCUCUUCUUCACGUGCUGACAAAGGCAGGUGCCAGGCAUAACCCUAUUUUGUGCCGGCCGGCAGACUGGGGGCUCAAGCUGGACGCCCUGGUGGAUCUGGCGAGCAGACGGAUGGAGGAGAGGAAGUCGGAGCUGGCCAGGAAAACAGGCGCAGGCCCCCAGGCGCAGGCAGAGGUCCAGAGACAGAGUCACCUCUGGAGGCUGCGGCUGCAGCUGUACUGUCGGAUGAGAGAGAACUUCCAGAACACGGAGCUCCCAGGCCCACCCAGUCACGUGUCCUUACUGGUAACCAGCAAUUCCUCCCUGUGCGUGGUGAUCAAGGAGCCGGACGGUAGCAGCAUGGGGCUCGUCACCCGCUUCAAAGUGGAGUGGAGCACCUCGGCCAGCUUCAAACGCGUCCUCGGUUCGGCCCAGGUCUCAGAAACGAGGAACCCCUCCUAUAUCAUCAACGGACUGACAGCAGGAACGCACUACUACGUGAGAGCGAGCGCCUACAACGUGAAGGGAUGGGGCCCGCCUCAGAGCUCGGCUCCGGUCAGCGCCGCCCCCUCCAGCUGGAGAGAGUGUGUUGGUGUGAAGACGCCGCUCAGAAACCACGAGGGCUUUGUGAGGAAACUGCUGGAAGAUGCCAAAGAAUCCCAGUACAGAGGAUAUUAUAUAGACAGCUCGAAGUCGGCAAGUCCGAGCAAGCGCCUGUUGAUGUCUCGGGGCAUCAAGCAGCUUUUCCACUCUGCCACCAAGUUUGUUCGUCUCCUGCAAAGGGGUGUGUACUUGGCCACUGUUUUCUACCACAAGGACAACAUCCUGGUGGCCGCUGAGGAUCAGAUCCCACUGGUGGAGAUCCAGUGCUGCUCCACCUCCAUCACCCAAGACUUCCUGUGGUUCGCCAAGCUGUCCUGCGCGUGGCAGCAGGUUCCCUGGCUUCAGCAGGGCCUGUCGUCUGCUCACUCUUCGCCCUCCUCCCUCCUUCAGAACCGGCACAACAUCUUAAAAGCCGUUUCCCAGCUGCAGUCUUCUCUAGGAACAAUGGAUUUGGGUCAGGUGUACUACGAGCCGCUGAAAGACAGGCAGGGCAAUGUGCUAAUAGUGACGUUGAGGGAGUUCCCAAAUCCUCCAUCAAGCCCUCCUGACCCCCCAUUCCACUGGAUUCCUCUGGACCGGCUGGAGCGGAACCGCAGCAGAACCCCUCUGCUGCCUGAGCCCACUGCCAUGGAUUCGCUCUUUGAGCAACUGAAGGACAAGCUGUCCUUCCACAGGCACAGCAUCCAGUGGGCCCAGCCCGGCCUGUUCGUGGGCAUCCUGAAACUGUGCAGCUCGGUGGACCAGAUCAGGGUCCUGGUACCGCAGCGGCUGCCAAACCUCCUCUGCCACACGCGGGUCCGACACAAUCCGCACGUGACCAGAGAGGAGUGGGCCUGGCUCCAGAGCCAUGUUUACACUGCACACAGCGGCAGCGCUCAGAGCCCGCCGAGCGGCGAGGACGAGAGCAGCGGAGUGGAGGAGUUUGUCAGGUCUCUGAGAGCCGCAGUCACACUUCUCCUGACGAAGCUCAACAUCCCCCUCUACAGGGCCUACCAGUAUGGUGUGUACACGCGGGAGCUGCUGCAGUUUGGUGGGAAGGUCUCCAUCCUCCUGCUCCUGCCUCCCAGUGAGGACUUCAGCUCCAGUUACUGGCCUCUGGUGGGAACCAAAGAGUCCGGCCUCACCCUGCCUCUGCAGAUCUUUGAACUGGUUCACUUCUGGACCUACGAGCGGGACUUCCUGACUCAGUACUGCCAGGCCUGGGUGAGGCUGGAGCUGGACACUCACCUGGCCCAGCAGGCUCUGCGUGAAGCGCUGGACACCAAGGAGGUGCAGGAAGCCCGGGAGCGCCUCAAUAACAUCACUGACCUUUCUCGUCGUUUGGAGAUGGCGUGGAGGGACGCCCGUUGGAUAAUGGACUGUCUGCAGUGUGUCCGCUCCAAGCAGUGGGUUGGGGCGGUGCCUUUGGGCCUGGUGAUGGGGGGGGACCCACCGCCCUGUCCUGACGGCGAAGAAGAGGAAGACAGCUUGACUGCAAGGUUGAAGUGGCCCAGCCGGAUCCAAACACAAAGAUCUUCUUUAGCAGGAGCUUCCUCUGGUGUCCCCAUACCGGUUACCGCCGAGGUCCGCAUUCCAGAAAGAAUCCCGCUUGUCCGGGAGAACGCUGCGCUCAGGCUGAUGGAGGGCGUCGUGAAGGGAGGGUACCCCGUUGACAUCAGCUCUCAGUCGACGGCGGACCUGUCUGGCGUCGGCCUGCCGGAGGACRGAUACACUAGCGCUUUAAUGGACAACGAACUUAGCUCUGCCGCUGUGGCUCAGCUGGAGGCCACAGUGUUGGACACCAUAGACUUCAACCCCAGCAUCACGGACGUCAUCCGGCCGAUGGAGAUGGCGGAGCUGGUGGACAUCUUGCCGACGCCGAGUCUUAUUGAGGAGGACAACCCCUGCGCUCCGUCCACGCCGUCUGUAAUGGAUAUCCUGCAGAACUUUGGACUUGGGAUUGCGGAGGAAAACGCCCACUUUGACUUGGAGAUUGACGACAGGAGGGCGUCGAAGGCGAACACUGAGAGCGAGAUGCACUGUGAGGGUGUUGUGCUAAACGGAGAGGGAGUCACGCCUUCUUGUGCCACGGCAAAUGGUUCAGAGAGAGACGCGCCACUCUUAGGACGCGAAUCGCCUCGGGACGACGGACAGACGAGGGAGGCUACAAGUACAGGAGCAUCACUUCCAGUGAGAAACCUGGUGGAGUGGGACAGACCGUCCACCAGUUCAUCCUGAUAUCAAACUUUGUCAGCUUCAAGUUGCAAUCACACUCCAGCACUCCAUGAAGAAGUGAAAAACCCAACUUAUUCUUUUUUCGAUCACUGUAUUUAUUCAUAGUAGAUAAAAACUUGAGUUAGGGUUGGAUGACAUGGACGUCUCAUAUCAGUCGAUAUUGAUAAUUACCGAUUGGUUUUUGUUUUAAAUAUCUGAAAUACUCCCAAACUGGUGACAU